GCAUAGUACUAUAAAAUGUGUAGUAUCAAAUUUACGCAGUUUAACCAAAAUGUACAACCAAAAAAAAUUUUUUAUUUCAGGCAUUUCUGGUGAACAUUUUGAUAUUGAAAUAAAUUGUUGCAAACGGUUAGUUUCUAGUUCAAGUCUAAACCAAUAGAAAUUAAAGAUGUCUGAAGAAUUAACUAAACAAACUGAAGAUUUAUCUUUAGAUUCCAAGACUGUUUUUGACAGCAAGGAAGAAUUCACAGCCAAACAUCCUUUAAACAAUAGAUGGACUUUAUGGUAUACUAAACCUCAAGUUCAUAAAUCUGAAAACUGGCAUGAUUUAUUAAAACCAGUGAUUACCUUUUCAUCAGUUGAAGAAUUUUGGGGGAUUUAUAAUUCAAUUCCUGUUGCCAAUCAAUUACCUUUAAAAUCAGAUUAUCAUUUAUUUAAAGAAGGUAUUAGACCAGAAUGGGAAGAUGAAAAAAAUUCUCAAGGUGGUAAAUGGCAAUAUUCUUUUAAUAAUAAAAGAGAUAUUAGUGGUGUUAUUAAUGAUUUAUGGUUAAGAGGUUUAUUAGCUGUCAUUGGUGAAACCAUUGAAGAUGAUGAAAAUGAAGUUAAUGGUAUUGUUUUAAACAUUAGAAAACAAGCUUUUAGAGUUGGUGUUUGGACAAAAGAUUGUGAAGAUUCAAAAUUAACUACUAUUGGUGAAAGAUUAAAGAAAAUCUUACAAUUAAAAGAUGAACAAAAAGUUGAAUUCAUGUCUCAUGAUGCUUCUAAUAAGAAAGGUUCAGAACCUCAAAUUGUUUUAUAAAUUUAAAUGGUUUCAUUUCCUUUCCUUUACAGUUCAAAUUUAUUUUUGUUAAAUUAUCUUUUUUAAUGUCCCAUUAUUUCCAUCAUCAAUUAAACUACAUAUAUAUAUAUCAUAAAUGAUAUUGAUGAUAAUGAUGAUGGAAAUUUUCAUCUUAUGAAGAGAAAAGUAAAACACAACCAUACAUAAAUUUCUUUUCUUCUAUUGUUACAUUAGUAUAUUAUAUUAAAUUAUUUAUUUUAUAUAUAUUUUAUCUAUUAUAUAUAAAUAAAUUU